ACCGUUGUCAGCGUGUGGGGCCGGUGGACGCGGGAUUGUGACACCGCGCGCCGGGAGGCGGUACUAACUCGGAAUGCGGGGGAAGAAAAGUUCUAUAAAAAUUGUCCAGAGUCUGGGGAGAGCGACACAAACGUCGUCUGGUUCCCUGCGGAGAUCGGCGGCUCGCUUCCCCAGAAGCACACUCUUCCCCGGGAGCGAUCCACACACACACAAGACAAGGCCGACAUGGGGCGGCACGAGCGGCAGAGCAACGAGGAGGACAGCGUGGUCCUGCAGGUGAAGCACGACCCCGCCGUGCUCGUGCUCAUGGACCACUGCAGGGAGAUGAAGAGGCAGGAGUGUCGCCUGCGCGUGGCCACUGCCUUCCUCCUGCUUGGAUGCGCGGCGCUCUUCUUAGUCUCCAGCCGCCUCGGGCGCCUGCCGUCGGACACGGUGAAACAUUCAGUAGAACCCAGAAUAGCUGAAUUUGAAGGUGUGUCCCAGAGACAAACAAGUGAAUACCCUGUCAAGCCAAGUGCUCACUUAACAGCACCUUGUGCACUGUCCCAGCCUCAUGUCAUCCACUGGAACGACAACCAGGCCAUUAUCCAGGGCUUCAAGUACAAGGAGGGAGAGCUCAUUGUGCCGCAGUCGGGCAAAUACCACGUCUACCUGCAGAUCACCUUCCGGAAGCCUGAAAGUUACAACUGCAGCGAGGGUGACUUGUUCAUACCGCUGCGACCUGAGGUCAGAGUGUGGCAAGACAGCUACCCGGAAUACGUGCCCCUGAUGUCCGCCUCAGAUUAUCUGUCCUGCAAGGAGAUAUUUGAAAAGUCCAUCUAUACAGCUGGCAUGUAUGAUCUAGAGAAGAAUAGCAAACUGCAGGUUUGGUAUGGCGCAGAUAAGGAGCUGGCUGUUCAGACCGACGAGCAAAAAAUAUUCUUUGGUGCUUUCCUUGUUUAGAUAAGCUAUUAUGUUCAGACAUCAAAUUUGAAAAGGUAUUUUUUUUUUUUUUUACAGAGGUUUUAUUACUAUGAAUUUUUUAAAUUAUUUUAUUCAGUAUAGAUUUCAGGCUGGGUGUAAGAUCAGCAUUAUGGACAUAAAAUCAAAAGCAAAGUCCAGAUGUACCUGAUCUCAGUCUAGUGUCUUUGUCCACAAAAACUUCCUGUUAUGUCCAAGAGGGGCCCAGCACACGUUUUAUAUUAAAACUGUGCCUAUCUCAUCACUGUUACUAUGUAAAUUGGCUAUAUGUCCACACCUGGAGGGACAGUACUGAAGAUGUUUUAUUUAAUAAAGUG